AUGCAGUCGUUGACAGACAUUGCAAUAUUAACUAUUUUUUAUUAUAUUGAGGGCGCAUCCGGAGCCAGGGAUUCCGCGUGUCCCAGGAUAUGUCCGCAGGGAAGUUCCGAAGAACCGGUUUGCGGUUCGGACGGCAUAAUUUAUCCGAACGAGUGCGAACUGAAAAAGAAGACUUGCGGAAAAGGCAUAGCCGUGGCAGAAAGCUCAACGCAGUGUCUGCGGGCUUAUGGAUCGAAUUGUGAACAUCGUUGUGGCAAAGAACAGGACGCGGUAUGUGGUACCGAUGGCCGGACGUACCUAAACAGAUGUAUGAUGCAAGUGGAAAUAUGUAGGGUUGGCACGUCGAUGUCGCACUUGGGACCAUGUAACAACAUAUCAGCCCACAGGGAAAACUGUCCUGUAAACUGUGACCAGGCGCCUAUGGAUGGACCUAUUUGCGGAUCCGACGGAAACGUUUACAAGAACACUUGUCAGAUGAAACUGUUCACUUGCGGACAAGGGGUAGUGAGGACAUCCAAGAAACACUGUCAGACGACCAGACACUGCCGGGAAUCGUGUUGGCGAGUGUCAAAACCCACGUGUGGGUCGGAUGGCAACAUCUACAGCAACGCAUGCCGGAUGAAGUCCAAAAACUGCGGCAAGCACGUGUUUGAGGUUCCCAUGGCGUUCUGCCUAAGCCAAGAACGCAACCGGGUCGGUUCAUCGAACGCGUGUCCAGUGAAUUGCGACAAAGAAAAGGACCGUCUGACGUGCGGCUCCGAUGGAAACGUUUACCGUAGCGAGUGCGAGAUGAAAAUGCUCAACUGCGGACAACAGACCAAGAAGAAAGUGACUAAGGUAGAUUUGGAAAAGUGUAGAGCCAGGAUCAACAAGUGUAACAAGGGUCAGUGUCCAGAUGAUGCGGACCCGAUUUGUGGAAACGACGCUCAGAAUUAUAAAAAUCAAUGCCAAUUGGACCAGGCUACUUGUUUGAGAGGAAUACAAAUGGCACACUUGGGCAAGUGUUCAUCGCUGCUGUCCACUGAAAAGUGUCCACAGAGCUGUGAAAACGAACGCGAAGAACCGGUGUGCGCGUCCGACGGCAACGUUUACAGGUCGGAGUGCGAUUUGAAGAUGAACACAUGCGGGCAAAAAGUCGUGGCAGUUCCGCCGCACCACUGUCCCACGACGGCCCUGUGCCACCAACAAUGUGAUAAGACUAAAGAGUUCGUUUGCGGAUCUGACAACAAGCUGUACAGGAACGAAUGCGAAAUGAAACGCGAAAACUGUGGGAAACACGUGUACGUGGUGCCCAUGAAGAGGUGUCUGACCGGUUUCCAGUUCAAAGGAUGCCAGCGGGUGUGUCCGACUCUGUACGACCCGAUUUGCGGCACAGACCUGAAGACUUACAGCAACGACUGUUUCUUGGAAAUGGAGAACUGCCGGUCUCGGUCGUUGGUUAGCAAACAGUAUCACGGCGUUUGCGGGCAGCCCACCGAAGAGCCCAAAAACUAUUUGUACUGA